CACUAUGAGUUCUUAAAGUUGCAAUAUACCUUAAUUGAUUUUUAAAAUACAUUAUUAUACAUGUGAGCUUCAUAGGGGCUGUUACCAAAACAGACAAUCAUGACCUGAUAUACAAAUAAUAAAAAAAUCUUUAAAGUAUGAUGUAAAGCACCACUCCACAUAUAUGUAUUUUUCAUAAAAUGUGUUUAAUUACUCCAUCUUCAAUGCUAAUUCAUAAUAAUAAAACAAGCUUUUUGAAAAAGUACUUUCCAGUCUUGUAUAGUUACGUUCUGUUACUAUAAACAUGCAGACAUGUUUUUCACCAACAUGAACCAAAAUCAGCCUCUGUGGGAGGAGAGAAAGCCUUUCAAUGCACAGCAGUCAAUAAGCUGUCUGUUCACAGAACGUGUGCUGCCUUCCUGGAAGAGGUUUAACCUGAAACAAAUGCAGUUAUCAAACUGACACAACUAACAUAACAAUCUCCCGGUGUUCUCUCAUUCCCAGGCUCGUCUUCAGCUUUUAUUAAUGUCCUGGAUGACAGGAUCGAAACACGCUAUGAUUCGAAGGUUGAUUCCUUGGGUUUUAAUGACCAACAUCAUGCUGGUCCUGCACAGCCUGUCAUACACAAACCAAGUGACUAUCAGGGUCUCCCAGGAAGAAACGUGUGCUCUCAGUGUUUCAAAGUCGUUGCAACAAAGCAAAGCAAUGUUGUCUCCAAGCUCUAAAUCUGAGGAGUGCUCACCGAAGGGGAACAUCAUGUUCAUGAAGACGCAUAAGACUGCGAGCAGCACCAUCCUCAACAUCCUCUUCAGAUUCGGGGAGAAGCACAAGCUCAGGUUCGCCUUCCCCGAUGGACGCAACGAUUUCUUCUACCCAUCGCCGUUCCUCUGCUCCCAGGUGAAGGACUACGAGCCGGGGGAAUGUUUCAACAUUGUGUGCAACCACAUGCGCUUCCACCAGGAGGAAGUGGCCAAACUCCUCCAUCCAGACGCUGUGUACGUCACCAUCCUACGCAACCCCGCGGACCUCUUUGAGUCGGCCUUCCAUUACUACCACAGAGCGGUUCCCCUCACGUGGGGCAUCAGUGGGGAGAACAAGCUGGCAGGGUUUCUGAACAAUCCAGGGGCCUUCUACAGCCCAGAGGCUUUUAACUCAUUCUACUUAAAAAAUCUGCAGUUUUUUGACUUUGGUUUUGAUAAUAACCUGGACGCUGACGAUCCUCAGAUCGAUGCAGGCAUUCAGUACCUAUCCAGUCACUUUCACCUGGUCCUCAUAGCAGAACAUUUUGAGGAAUCUUUGAUUCUUCUCAAGGAUUUACUUUGUUGGAGCAUGGAAGACAUCCUGUAUUUCAAGCUUAAUGUUCGUAAGAGUUCAUUUGUGUCCCAACUGGACCCCGAGAUGAGGGCCAAGGCUUUACAGUGGAACUGGGCUGACUGGAAACUCUACCAACACUUCAACGCAACCUUUUGGGUCAGAGUAGAAGCCUACGGCAGGGAGAGAAUGAAACGCGACGUAAAAGAACUGAGGAGGAGAAACGCUGAGAUGAAGGCCAUCUGUAUCCAGGGUAAAAAUGCAGUCGAGCCCCGAGACAUUAAGAACUCGCGUUUCCUGCCCUGGCAGCCGAUUGGAGAGAAAUCCAUCCUGGGGUACAACUUGAGACAAGAUAUUGAUCCCAAAUUCAGGACGAUUUGUGAAAAAAUGCUCACACCUGAAAUACAGUAUUUAUCAGACUUGGGAGUCAACCUCUGGAUUACUAGACUAUGGGGUUGGCUAAAAGAUAAAAUUUACUGACUGUUUAGUUUUUAAUUUUUUUAAUAAUUUAAUUAGUUUGUGUUCGUUAGCUGUUUAGACAAUGUGCAUUAGAUAAGAAUGUAAUUCUUUAUCUAAACUGAUCCUUAUUUCUUCAGCUAAACAAAAGCUGAACUCAAGGUGCUUUGACAAUGCUCUACUGUAAAGAUUAUUACAAUUUUCAAACUAGAAAAUAGAUGUGAAACAGAAAGCUUUGUGUAGUUUUUGUUCUGUAUAAAAUAUGUACUGCGCAUUUGGCUACUUGUCCUAUCAUCAGGUGGGUACACAUGCUUUCUGACAUGUCUGACACUGUUUACGUCAUUUAAAAAUGGUUUUAAGCCAACUGUUUUAGUGGUUUCUCUGCUACUACACACCUAAGUUAAAUGAAUGGGUGAUUACCACCCUUCUGAACUUGGAAGAGGUAACUCAUUCAUUUAAUCAGGUGUGUUGGAGCAGGGAAACAAGUAAAACAUGAAGGAUAGUGGCCCAGAAUUUGACAUUUUGGAUUUUCUUUUGGAUGAGCUGUCAGUGAUGAUAUAUAAAAGAGAGAUAUAUAAUAUCCAUCUUUUAAAAAUGCAUUCAUUCAUACAAGAUCACUGCCCAUGCCUUAAGCCAUCUGCUUUUCAGUGCUUGUAACUGUUUAUUGUUCCCAGUGCUCUCUAAAGGGUGUGGUGUAGCGGUGAAAAUGUUUUUUUGCUUUGUUCAUGAAUGUUUUAAAGUAACCUGUAAAGCAGCCUCUUCAUUACAAAGUGGUUCCCAACCGACCUUCCUGCUAAAAUAAAGGUUAAUAAAUAAACAAAGUAGUAUUUAAAGCUGCUCGUUAACUCAGGUCAUGGAAUAAGCUCUGAUAUGUUUAUGUUUUGGACAUAAAUAUCAGUCAAACCAGUUUGAGAAUAUGACAGCUUUGCAGGGGCCAAAGAAAAUUUAAGGUGCUAUAUUUUACAGUUCCUGACUAAAUAUAAGUUGGCUCAAAGUCCAAAACGCACAAGUCCUAUUUUUUAUUUAACACUUAAAGUAAUAAAAUUAAAGGUCUAAAAUAGUUGUUAUUUGUAUUUAAUCAUUGAAAGCCUAAUUAGAUUAGACAAAACUUUAUUGAACCCUUUUGGGAGGGUAAUCUGGAUCAUUGGUUCCCAAACUUUUCAGCCUUUGACCCUCAAAAUACCAGCAGCAGAGACCUGAGCCCCCAACUGCUGUUGGAUCAUAAACAGUUUUCAC